AUGGACGAGCACAAACAAAAGCUUAGGGAGAUCCAGAUUCUUCUGCACAGGCUGUUUGCCUCCCACAACAAAGAGACAAGGAGGAUUCUGGAUGGACUGCCUGCUCAUCCAACGCCUGCAUCGGUCUUGGACACCUUUGAGCUUCUCUUUAGCCUAAGCAAGUACAGCAACAGAGAGAUGCUAUGUUUCCUGGAUGCAUUCCAGAGAUUCAUACCGGUCUGCAGGGUCGGCCUAGGCGAAAUCGGAGGCAAGAUAGCAAACCUUAAGUUCACGCCUUCAGAAAAAGACACUGACCAUGUGAUUCUCAAGUACUUCGAGAUCGUAAACACUGUGGCUGAGGACAUCUCCGAGGAGUCUUCAAAGAGCGUGUUUAGUAGAUACAUGUUUAUACUCUCGAACAGCGUUGUGAGCCGGGGGGUCCAGGGUGAGGUGCUCAAGAGAUUCAGGGAGUUUCUUAUGAGAAGAGAGGGGUUUCUGAGGUUUUUUGCCAGCAAGAAGAUGUACAAAGAAAUUGGAUGCACAGAGGAUUCGAUCGUGGACUUCUGCGAACUUUUCAAUGACGAGGAAAUGGUUGGGGUUGCGUUGGAGUAUGGCUCGCUCCGAGGGCUUGCGAUUGACAGGACCAGAAGCAGGUAUUUAUUCCAGAUGUACUACCGUGAGCUCCCUAUGUGGUAUAUAGCGGGAAUGCAUGAAUCGCUGAUCCCGUAUCUUUACUAUGCAUUCGACGGUGUUGGGAUUUACAGGAGCGUGUCUGCAGAGGUGUACGGUGGGCUGAGCGAGCAGGAGAUAAUGAAGGCCGUGGACAAUGACAUGAAGAGCGAGGUCUGCCCAGACGAGUGCAGCGUGUGCGUGGGGGGUAUUGGGCACCAAUCCACUGCAGAGCAGGAGCUGGGGAUUGCUGGAGUUAGAGAGGACAUAAGGAGGUUCAACGAAACUGGGUCUCUGGAGCACAUGAUUGAAAGAUAUGGAAAGUCGAUGACCUUUGAGUUUCUAAGGUACUUUGAAGAGACAGACCUGAAGAAGCUGGGGGGCUUUCUGUGCAAACUUAAGAACGAGGACUAUCUGAGGAUAUUCACAGGAACAUUCGACUUCCUCGACAUGGACAUCCUCGAUGGGCUUAGGACAUAUCUUCUUUCCUUCCAUCUGUCUGCAGAAGGCCAGAUAAUCCACAGGGUUGUUGAGGCAUAUGCUGACAAGUACUAUUCUGACAAUGUAGAUGCAUGCACGUUCAUGGACAUUACCAGGGACAAGAGGACGAAGGAGUUUGUGUUUAACCUUGCAUUCUCGUUUCUUGUCCUCAACACAAAGUUCCACAACCCAAAUGUGAAGGCAAAGCCUACAUUCAGGGAUUACAUGAAGGACUUCACAGCAGAGGAGAUUCCCCCUUCGUUCAGCGAGGAAUACCUGGAGUCGAUGUACCAGUCUGUCAAGAAAAGGCCCUUGGAGUUUCCCGCCAAGAACCAUCCCAGCAGGGAGCACUACAAAAUCUUUAAGAGAAUGUGCAGGAAUCUUAAGCAGAUGGAGGCAGGCCGCAGUGAGCCUGGAGUAAUGCAGGCGUUUGAUCCUGAGAUGCCGGGGAGCCUGAAAAUCUGUAAGCAGUGCAGGAUGGGAGUCCACAGAAAGCUGUUUUCAUCGAACUUCCGAAGGUUUCUUUCCCUGGAGCCAAGGACAUUCCACCAAAUAUGCAGUAGGCUGGAUGUGGUUCGCCCAUUUGAAGAGUAUCUGGAGGCACACCGAGAAAACAUACCGAGAUUCAUUGAGUCCUUUACCUACUACUUUGGGAUGAAUGGAAGGGUUGAUCUGUAUGUAAAGCUACUUGAUGUCCUUGCAAAGAUCGACGGGCAGAAGAACAGCGGGGUGCUUUCAGACCUUAGGAUUUCGUUCCUGAAGAACACUGCAGGAAAGGAUAGGGUUCAGCAGCAGUAUAGGGAUGCAUACAAGGAGCUCAUCAGUGCAGAGGUCCUUGAUGUAGGUCUUGUGUGCGACGGGCUUCGGAUUUUUCUGUCGGGAGAUACGUCCGGCAGACCCUGCGGUGAAGAGGAGGAAGGUUUGCAAAGGAGAAGGCAGAGGUCGGUGGGUUUUGUAAGAAAAGUGGUUGUCGAUAUUCUGAAGAAAAACAUUGCGAGGGUGGAGGAUCUGUCCAUGUUGGAUGGCGAAAGCAUUGCCGCGCUGAUGGAGAAAUGUGUUGAGAUUGGGGACAAGGAGAGAUUCUGUCGUAUAUCCAGGUUUGCAACGAGCGAGGGCCUUCUUGGCCUCUUUCGACAGACUCUCGAGGGGAGCCCGGGGUUUGUUGAUGACGAGGUUCUCGAGGUAUUUAAGGGCGUUCCUGUCCACAAUGAAGAUGGAUUCCGCUGUAUCUUACUCUUGCAGAACAACGGAGUCGAUAUGUUUGACUUUGUUGUUACGGUCAAAUACGAAAGCAUUGUCUGCCGAGCAAUCAAUGCACGCGAAGGAGAAGAUGGAGAGCAUCUUGAGCAGUCGAAGCUUGAAUUUUCUGCGAGGGACACCUUGAGCUGUUACACAAUCGAGGAGAAGUAUGGGGAAAGCCUGUCGAGCCCCUCAAACCUGUUCCACUUCUAUGUGUCGUCCGGCUCUGUUCUGAAUCAGGCGAAGGCAAGGUCGAUCCACAGAUCCGGAUGUCCCUUGGGAGAGAAGCUGUUCAGCCCAGAGGAGAUGGACAGGAGACUGAUAUACAUGGUGAGGAAGGCGGACUCGAUGGAUAGCAAGGACAUAACGAACUAUGCUCUCUGGAUUGUGAAUCUGCUGUCGUCGAGCCUUCCGCUAUUGUCCAAGUUCUUUGUCAGGAACUUUGGGCUUCUCCUUACUCUGAAGAACCAGGCGAUGUUGAACAGCUUCAUCAAGAUAUUCUAUUCAAGAGUGUGCAAGGUGAUGAAUGGGGCCGAGCUGUGCUGCAGCUGUGAAUAUACAUUGCUGGAUGACGUCGAGAAGUUUAUUGAGAUGGCGGUGAAAUAUGACCUUGCCUCUGAGAAGGACUUUGAGUUUUAUUUCGAUGGAAAGUCUGAGAUGAUAAAGAGCGGAAGGAUCAGGACUUUGGAUGGAAGUGUGGAGCUGGUUAGGGGCAAGGCUGGAGAGGGCAAUGAGGAUGGGUGUAACGGUGGCGCCAUAGAAACUGGGCCCGAGGGAACGGACUCGAAGAUGGAUGUAGAGACCAACCCAGACUUCGACCUGUGA